GCGGGACUCGCUCGGUGAGGUGGGACCGACCAAUCGGUUGCCGGCAGCCCGGUGCUUAAAGGCUGCUCGCCACCAACUGCCCCGAGUGCUCGCUGCUGCUCUUCGCGGGGUCCCUGUGCAUCGUGCGGCUCAAGCAAGGGCGCAGACCGGCAGUGACCCAUGGCUGAGAACGGCGUGAUGGACAACGGCGAGACGGACAGAGAGCAGCAGCCGAAGCCGGCGAAAAACCUGCGAGUGAAGUACACGAAGAUUUUCAUCAAUAACGAAUGGCAUGAAUCUGUGAGUGGGAAAAAAUUCGCUACCUUCAAUCCUGCAUCAGGAGAGAGAAUUUGUGAUGUUGAGGAAGGUGAUAAGCCUGAUGUGGAUAAAGCAGUGGAUGCAGCACGAGCAGCAUUCCAGCAAGGAUCCCCGUGGAGAAAUCUGGACACAUCAGCCAGGGGAAGACUCUUAUGCAAAUGGGCUGACCUCAUUGAGCGAGACCGACACAUCUUAGCUACACUUGAAACUUUGGACACAGGCAAACCUUUUCUGCAAUCAUUUGCCAUCGACUUGGAGGGAUGUAUAAGGACACUACGUUACUAUGCUGGCUGGGCAGAUAAGAUCCAUGGAAAGAGUAUACCAGUGGAUGGAGAUUUUGUUAUGUUUACAAGACAUGAACCAAUUGGUGUCUGUGGACAGAUCAUUCCAUGGAAUUUCCCUCUGUUGAUGUUCGUUUGGAAAGUGGCACCAGCACUGUGCUGUGGGAAUACUGUGGUGAUCAAACCAGCUGAGCAGACGCCUCUGACAGCACUCUACAUGGGAGCGUUAAUCAAAGAGGUUCCAUUCCCUCCUGGUGUAGUGAAUAUCAUCCCAGGAUAUGGACCCACUGCUGGGGCAGCUAUAGCCUGCCACAAGGACAUUGAUAAAGUGGCAUUCACUGGUUCUACUGAGGUGGGAAAGUCCAUCAUGGAAGCUGCCUCCAAAAGUAACCUGAAGAGGGUGACCCUGGAACUUGGGGGCAAGAAUCCCUUCAUUGUCUUUGCAGACUCUGAUUUGGGCCUGGCUGUCGACUGUGCCUCGCAGGGGGCCUUCUUUAACCAGGGCCAGUGCUGCACUGCAGCUGCUCGAAUAUUCGUGGAGGAGCAGGUGUACGAGGAGUUUGUACGCCGCAGUGUGGAAAGAGCCAAAAGGCGAGUGGUGGGCAACCCUUUCGAUCCAAAAACAGAACAAGGACCUCAGAUUGACCAGGACCAGUUUGACAAAAUUCUGGAGCUAAUAGAAAGUGGCAAGAAGGAAGGAGCCAGGCUGGAAUCUGGUGGCUGUGCCUUUGGUGACGUGGGCCACUACAUUCAGCCCACCGUCUUCUCAGAGGUGACAGAUACCAUGCGCAUCGCAAAGGAGGAGAUCUUUGGACCAGUCCAAGUGAUAAUGAAGUUUAAAAGCACAGAGGAAGUGAUUAGAAGAGCCAACAGCAGUGAACUUGGGCUGACGGCAGGAGUGUUCACCAGAAACAUCGACAGAGCAAUGGCAGUGGCCUCUGCGCUUCAGUCCGGAACAGUUUGGAUUAACUGCUAUAACGCUCUCCAUGCUCAAGCACCUUUUGGAGGCUUCAAAAUGUCCGGAAAUGGAAGAGAAAUGGGUGAAUAUGGACUGAACGAGUACACAGAAGUGAAAACUGUCACCAUCAAAAUCUCACACAAAUGCCAAUAAACUGAAGUGAGAUAGACAAUGAAAUGGUUCCGGGAGAAGUCUGAAGAAAAGCUGAAAGAUAGAGAAACAUAAGGACACUGACAAAAUUGAGUUUUAUAACUGGGCAAAAUGCUUAAGUUCUUAAAAAAUAAUUUCUGACUUUGCACAAAGAAAAUAUUUUUUUAUUUCCUUUAGAACUUGUAGAUUUAUUCUGAUAUUAGCGUUUUACAGUAACUGUACCCAGUGACUGAAGGAGACUGUCUAUUGUCUUCAUACAUAGGACACUGGUUAUUAGCUGGUUUAAGCUGGCACAGUUAGUAAAUUCACCAUCACUGGGGAACCUCUAAAUUUCACACAGAGCUUCAUUCACUGGGAGAUUACCAACAAGAGGCAAUCUGCCUGCCCAUGACUGGCAACUAACAGUCAACAACAACUUGCCUUUAAUGUAGAACAGCACUUCAAAGCACUUCCCAGAGGGAGAAUAACCAAUCACACCCUAUGUGUUUCCCAAAUUCCCAAUGGGCAAAGCUCAGUGUCAGGUCUUCAACUUUGAAAGAUAAUUUCUUACAUAUAAUCCUUAAACAUAGAAACUAAUGUACCUUAAACCUUCCAAAUCUCAAUGUUGGAGUGAAAUGGGGUUUAACCCAUCAGUAACAAUUACCAUUUGGCUCUAUGGUGGUGACUGUUAGCAUGUUGGUCAUUUUGCUUCAGUUGCAGAUAAUAAAUUUUGAACCAUCACAUUUACCACCAGUAGAUGCCUUGUGUGUUGAUAUGGGUUUCAUUGAUCACUUUCCUAUUUUGAUGAACUCUGUAGCUAUGUUUAGUUAUAAAUUAUUGUUUGAAUUACGAGAAUUUCCUCCCUACAUUGAAACUACUAUUUCAUUAUAACACUAUAAUAAAAGUGUGAGAAGCCUUUGAUGUACCUGCAUUGAGCAGAGAAAAGGGGAAACAAGGAAGAAGGAAAGAUCAUCCAACACAACAAAGACCUUCCCUUUCCAGCUAUGCUUCAUCUAGCCAAUCACAGAACAUAAAGGUGCUUUUCUACACAGAGGUUGUGUCUUCAUGUGAUCAGUAACAGAACAGAUUAAGAAGAUGCUAGCUCCAAUUAUUUAAUCAAACAAAAUAAAUUGUUACUUAAGUGCUCCAAUAUACCAUGUACCACAAUUAUGACCUUAAAAGCCCAAAAUCACAGUACUGAGUAACUCUCUUAUGGCCAAUAAAGUUGUCAGCAGAUUCUUUG